GUGGGGAGGCGGCGCGGCCUUUGCUGGCCUGAGCCCGCGGGGCCGCAGCUUCUCGGGACCCGGGUUCUCCCGCACUGGCCCACGCCCGGGACAGCCCCGCUGCACGUUCCCCCAGCUCCUGCUGGUUCCGUGGGUUCCGGCUGCGGUGGAAGGUGGCGGCGGGCGCUGCAGGCGGCGGCGGCGGCGGCGGGGAAGAUGGCGGGGAAUGGUGGGAGCUUCGCCGGCGCGGGAAGCGGGGAGAUCAUCCAGCUGAAUGUAGGGGGCACCAGGUUCAGCACCUCAAGACAAACACUAAUGUGGAUUCCAGACUCCUUUUUUUCCAGUUUACUGAGUGGAAGAAUUUCAACACUUAAAGAUGAAACUGGUGCUAUAUUUAUUGAUCGAGAUCCAGCGGCAUUUGCACCCAUUUUAAAUUUUCUUCGUACAAAGGAGCUAGACUUACGGGGAGUGAGUAUUAAUGUUCUCAGGCAUGAAGCUGAAUUUUAUGGAAUCACUCCUUUAGUAAGAAGACUACUCUUAUGUGAAGAGCUGGAACGCUCAUCAUGUGGCAGUGUCCUUUUUCAUGGCUACUUGCCUCCACCAGGCAUUCCCUGUCGUAAAAUAAACACUACUGCUGGGCCAUGUAUUGAUGUUAGAACAGGUCAGAACUACUCUGAAGGUGAGGUUCGAGGAGGUAGUGUCCAACCUACACUUGCUGGUACUGGGGAAGGCACAGUCAGGCUAGAACAUUGUCUCCCCUUUGGCUCAACUGGCGCUGAACAAUUUUAUCUACCCCACAAGCCAAUAGGAUUUCCUGUGGAUCCACGAAAGGUUCUGAUAGUAGCUGGCCACCAUAAUUGGAUUGUAGCUGCAUAUGCCCAUUUUGCUGUUUGCUAUAGAAUCAAAGAAUCUUCAGGAUGGCAACAGGUUUUCACAAGUCCAUAUCUGGAUUGGACUAUCGAACGAGUAGCUCUGAAUGCCAAGGUCGUUGGAGGUCCACACGGGGACAAAGAUAAGAUGGUUGCUGUUGCCUCUGAGAGUAGCAUCAUCCUGUGGAGCAUUCAGGAUGGCGGAAGUGGGAGUGAAAUUGGAGUGUUCAGUCUUGGAGUCCCUGUAGAUGCCCUCUUCUUCAUUGGCAACCAGCUGGUGGCUACUAGUCAUACAGGGAAGGUGGGAGUAUGGAAUGCUGUGACUCAGCACUGGCAGGUUCAGGAUGUUGUCCCUAUCACCAGCUAUGAUACUGCUGGAUCUUUCCUACUGCUGGGCUGUAACAAUGGCUCUAUAUAUUACAUUGAUAUGCAGAAGUUUCCCUUGCGAAUGAAGGAUAAUGAUCUUCUGGUGACAGAACUUUAUCAUGAUCCCUCCAAUGAUGCCAUUACAGCACUCAGUGUCUACCUCACACCCAAGACAAGUGUAAGUGGUAAUUGGAUUGAGAUUGCGUAUGGCACCAGCUCCGGAGCAGUAAGAGUGAUUGUACAGCACCCUGAAACAGUUGGGUCAGGCCCUCAACUUUUUCAGACCUUUACAGUUCAUCGAAGUCCUGUUACAAAGAUCAUGCUGUCUGAGAAACACCUUGUGUCAGUUUGUGCCGACAACAACCACGUUCGGACAUGGACAGUGACUCGAUUCAGAGGAAUGAUUUCCACACAGCCAGGGUCUACUCCCUUAGCUUCAUUCAAAAUCUUGUCCUUGGAGGAAACAGAGAGCCAUGGUAGUUACUCUUCUGGAAAUGACAUAGGACCAUUUGGAGAGCGUGAUGAUCAACAAGUGUUCAUCCAAAAAGUUGUUCCUGUCACUAAUAAACUCUUUGUCAGGUUGUCUUCUACUGGGAAAAGAAUAUGCGAGAUCCAGGCCGUAGACUGUACCACAAUUUCUUCGUUUACUGUACGAGAAUGUGAAGGAUCCAGUAGGAUGGGCUCAAGACCACGACGUUACCUCUUUACAGGUCAUUCAAAUGGCAGUAUUCAGAUGUGGGAUUUGACCACAGCGAUGGACAUGGUUAAUAAAAGUGAAGAGAAGGAUGUAGGGGGUCCGACAGAAGAAGAGCUGCUUAAAUUGCUUGAUCAGUGUGAUCUGAGCACCUCACGCUGCGCUACUCCUAACAUCAGUCCAGCAACUUCAGUAGUUCAGCAAAGCCGUCUGCGGGACUCAAGCUCUAGCCUCCAGUUACAGCACCAUGAAACCAUCCAUGAAGCUGCUACGUAUGGCUCAGUAAGGCCAUAUAGAGAGAGUCCUUUAUUAGCAAGGGCAAGACGGACUGAGAGCUUUCACAGUUACAAGGACUUUCAGACUUUUAAUAUUAACAAUAAUAUGGUGGACAAGGCUGUCCCUGAGAAUGGCAAUCUGAGUCCAGUACAAGCUGAAAUGAAGAAGACAGCAGGUGAGAGCAAUCCAACAGACAAAAAGGCAACAGUACUUGAAGUAAGAGCUACUAGAAUAUCAUCAGAUGCUGGGGCAGAAGUUCAGAAAGUGCCUGAAAGCUCUUCAGAAGUGAAGAAAAGAGUGCCAGAUGAUGAAAGUGAGAACAAAGAGAAUAAAAAGAAAAGUGGAUUUGAUGGAGGGGGGCUCCUGGGAAGAAAGAAGGUACCUCCUCUGGUGUCUUCACCAAUUAUUGUGGAAGGAGGGCCUGAAUCACCUGGUACGGCGUCCCCAUCACCCACAAAGACUACCACUUCUCCACGCCACAAGAAAAGUGACUCUGCCUGCCAAGACUAUAGCUUGUGAAAAUGCUAAAAGUGAUGUACAUUUGUUUUCAAGGGUUCAGAUGAAAGUUUAACACUUAACUGGAUGUAACUUUUACACUACAGAUUCAUCCUUUAAAAAGGUUUCAUUUGAGUGUCUCUAACUGAAAGAGUUAAAACUGUAAUAAGUUUUCAUAGUGCAUCUCAACAACUUGGGUUUACAGCACAACCAGCAAACAUACUCUAAAUUGAUGUACUUCAUUUUCAUAUUGUAUAAAGCCAAACAAUACUUGGUACAAAACAUUGAUGUAAAAUCCUGUUUUAUGCAGUCCAGCAUGCACUACAGUAUUUGUCUUAGGAAGAGUUUUAUAGGUAACUUUCUAAGUCCCAUUACUGGACCUUCCCUUUGCAAUCACCAAAAUAUUAAAUGUCUGUCACCUGCUUACUGGCCCUUAAAGUUACCAUGAAUAUUAUUUGCAAUUCCUUGGGGUUACCCAUUGUGUUCUUUCACCUCCUUCAAGUUAAUAGAAAAUUAGCUGGGUGCUAAACGCUGUUUCAUCACUUAGAAAAGCUUCUCUUGCUGAAGUUUGCCUUGUUUGUAGAGCGACUAUGUUGUUUUUCAGUAUUGAUCAAUUUGACAUUUAUGUGCUACAAUUCUUUUGUUUAUGAGAAACAUUCAAAAAGUCUUUAUGCUUACAGAUGCUCUAAAACAUUAUUUUGCAUAUCUUGGUCCUAAUAUUAAAAUGCAAAGGAAUGUUAUUACCUGUA